ACCAUCAAACAGACACUCACUCAUCUUUGUUAGUGGCUUUAUCGACAGCGUGCUAUUCUCAGCCAACAUGACCUAUGUCAGCGAUCUUCAAAACCUUCUGCCUUCUGUGCUGCUGAUAUGGUUGAUGAACUUUAUGUCUUGCCUGUCUGAGGGUGAUUUAAAUACAACCAAUGCGGGCUAUUACAUGGCUAACGAGAGCUACAGCGACUACAGCUUCACUUGGGAUUAUGACGGCUAUCCUGAGCUCUGUGUGAAAGAAUCCAACCGCCAGUUCCGCCGCUGGUUCAUGCCCACUUUCUACUCCGUCAUCUGCUUCCUGGGGCUGACAGGGAACCUCCUGGUCAUCCUUACUUUCUUCUACUUCAAGCGUCUCAAGACCAUGACAGAUGUGUUCCUGCUCAACCUGUCCUUUGCAGACCUGCUCUUUGCUCUGUCGCUCCCCUUUUGGGCAGCCAACUCAAUGACAGAAUGGCUACUGGGCCUGCUGGUGUGCAAAGUCAUACACACGAUUUACAAGGUCAGCUUCUACAGCAGCAUGUUCAUUCUUUCCUUCAUCAGUGUGGAACGCUACUUCGUCAUCGCCAAGGCCGUAUCCGCUCACCGCUACCGCACCCAAGCAGUGUUUCUCAGCAAAGUGUCAUCGGCGGUCAUCUGGGUGAUGGCACUACUCUUCUCCAUACCAGAAAUGAGGUACACCACGAUCAAUAACCGCACCUGCACCCCUUACUCCAGCAGUUCUGAUAAGCUCCGCAUCAGCAUCCAGGCGAGCCAGAUUGUUUUGGCUUUUGCCCUCCCGCUCCUGGUCAUGAGCGUCUGCUACAGCAGCAUUGUCCAAAAACUCUACCAGGCUCGUGGCUUUGAACGGAAUAAGGCCAUCAAGGUGAUUCUCGCUGUGGUGGCCGUCUUCCUCAUCUGCCAAGUGCCUUAUAACCUGGUGUUAUUCUUAAACACAGUUGUCACAGCAAAAGGAGGAAGCUUAGACUGCAACUUCGAGAACAGACUCCUUUAUGCCGAGGAUGUCACCCAGUGCCUGGCUUUCCUGCGGUGUUGCCUGAACCCCUUCGUCUAUGCCUUUAUCGGUGUGAAGUUUCGUAACGACGUCUUAAAGCUACUGAAGAAAUUGGGUUGCAUGAGCCAGGAGAGGUUCUUCAAGUAUACCUGCGACAGGAGGAGGAGCUCAGGCGCCACCGACACAGAGACCACCACCACAUUCUCUCCUUAAAGCCGUUUCAAUGUGGAAAAUUACCUUUUCACGCCUGCAGACCACGCAGUGGAUUGUUGAACAUUAAAAUAAAAGUUAAAUUAAAAAAAAAAAAA